UCCUUUGUUCGGUGUACCCAGACGCGGUGAAAGAUUUCCGAUUCUGUGUUGCAGAGGAUGCAACAAGCGGGCAUGCAGCGGGCUUUUCCCACUUCUGGAUACCCUCACCCUGGGAUGCAGCAGAUGCCACAGCGGAUGCACCCGUACGGCGGCCAGAUGCGGCCCGUUGGCGGGGCGGAGUCUUCGCGCUCUAAGAGGCAGGCGGCAGAUUCUCGCUCUAAGCAGCAGCAAGCGGCGCAGCAGAGUCAGCGAGGGAAGAAGAAGAAGGUGGCAGACAGGAUCCUGCCCCAGAGGGUGCGUGACCUUGUUCCCGAGUCGCAGGCGUACAUGGACCUGCUGGCGUUUGAGCGGAAACUGGACUCCACCAUCAUGAGGAAAAGGCUGGACAUCCAGGAGGCUCUCAAGAGGCCCAUGAAGCAAAAACGGAAGCUGCGAGUUUUCCUGUCCAACACCUUCUACCCCGCCAAACCUGAUGCUGAAGGGGAGGAGGACGGGAAUGUUGCAUCCUGGGAGUUGAGAGUGGAAGGCAGACUGCUGGAUGAUCAGGGCAUCCCCAGCACCAAGCACGACUCCCACAAAACCAAGCGCAAGUUUUCCUCCUUCUUCAAGAGUCUGGUGAUCGAGCUGGACCGAGAACUGUACGGGCCAGAUAACCAUCUGGUGGAGUGGCACCGCACGUCGACCACCCAGGAGACCGACGGGUUCCAGGUGAAGCGGCCGGGAGAUCGAGACGUACGAUGCACAGUUCUACUCAUGCUCGACUACCAGACCAAGAAGUCUCAGCAUUCUUCAUUCCAACAGCCGCCACAGUACAAACUGGACCCUCGGCUGGCACGACUGCUGGGCAUACACACACAGACCCGGCCUGUCGUCAUCAACGCUCUGUGGCAGUACAUCAAGACCCACAAACUACAGGACAGUCACGAGAGAGAGUACAUCAACUGUGAUCGGUACCUACAGCAGAUUUUUGAGUGCCAGAGGAUGAAGUUUUCAGAGAUCCCGCAGCGACUGCACCCCCUACUGCUGCCUCCUGAUCCUAUAGUUAUCAACCACAUCAUCAGCUGCUCCGGUCCUGAGCACAAGAAGACGGCCUGCUAUGACAUUGAUGUGGAAGUCGACGACACACUGAAAACCCAGAUGAACUCUUUUCUCCUGUCCACGGCAAGUCAACAGGAGAUUGCUACUCUCGACAACAAGAUCCAUGAGACAGUGGAGACUAUAAACCAGCUAAAGGUGCAGCGAGAUUUCAUGUUGGGUUUCGCCAAGGAACCGCAAAGUUUCAUCAACCAGUGGCUGGAGUCACAGUGCAGGGACCUCAAGACGAUGACGGAUGUGGUCGGCAGUCCUGAGGAAGAACGCCAUGCAGAGUUUUACCACCUGCCGUGGGCUGGGGAGGCCGUCUGCCGCUACUUCUACGGGAAGAAGGGAAAAAUCUACACAUACGUGGGAGAAGUGGUGGUGUCAGUAAACCCCUACAGAACCAUGGACAUCUACGGCCCGGACGCUGUGAAACGUUACCAGGGUCGAGAGUUCUACGAGUGCCCGCCGCAUCUGUUCGCUGUCGGGGAUGCCGCGUACAAAAGCAUGAAGAGACAGGCCAAGGACACCUGCAUCGUCAUAUCAGGUGAGAGCGGUGCAGGUAAAACGGAGGCGUCUAAGAUCAUCAUGAGGUACAUCGCAGCAGUCACUAAUGUCAGUCAGAGACAGGAGGUCGAGAGAGUGAAGAACAUCCUUCUGCAGACCAACUGUAUCCUGGAGGCCUUCGGGAACGCGAAGACCAACCGGAACGACAACUCCAGCCGCUUCGGCAAGUACAUGGACAUCAACUUUGACUUCAAGGGAGACCCGAUUGGAGGCCACAUCAACAACUAUCUACUCGAGAAGUCUCGUGUAGUGAGUCAGCAACCAGGAGAGAGAAACUUCCACUCCUUCUACCAGCUGUUGUCAGGUGGUCCGGACCAUCAGAUACAGAAGAUGCACCUGUCCAGGUCUCCCCAGGUGUACACAUACACCUGUCCUCAGCAGCAGCAGUCCGACCCAGGCCCGUUCCCGAUCAGUGACAAGGCAGAUUUUAAAGCUGUCCAGGCAGCCAUGAAGUCUGUGGGGUUCAGUAAGGAGGAGUAUGCUACUGUCUACAACAUUAUUGCUGCCAUUCUGCACCUCGGGAACAUCGAGUUUAUCUCUGAGGACGAGGAAUCAUGCGAGGUAGCAAACAGAGAUGCCCUGUCGGCCGCGGCAGAGCUGUUGCGUACAACAGAAGACGAUCUGGCGAAGGCGCUGUGUUUCCGCGUGGUGGCAGCGAGAGGAGAGGUCAUGACCAAAGGUCACACACAGCAGCAGGCCUGCUACGGGAGGGACGCCUUCGCUAAGGCUAUCUACGAGCACCUGUUCACGUGGAUCGUGAGCCGCAUUAACGACGUGAUCGCGGUGAGAACCACUCGGCAUCAGCACGGGAAGGACACCGUCAUCGGCGUGCUCGAUAUCUACGGCUUCGAGAUCUUCGAAAAUAACAACCUGGAGCAGCUGUGCAUUAAUUACUGUAACGAGAAGUUGCAGCAGCUGUUCAUCGAGCUGGUUCUGAAACAGGAGCAGGAGGAGUACCAGCGGGAGGGGAUCACAUGGACCAACAUUGACUACUUCAACAACAAGAUUAUCUGUGACCUUGUGGAGCAGCAGCACAAGGGCAUCAUCGCCAUCCUGGACGAGGCUUGUCUGAGCGUGGGGAAUAUCACAGAUAAGAUGUUCCUCCAAGCCAUGAACCAGAAGCUCAGCAACCAUGAACACUACACAAGCAGACAGUUGGUUCCCACAGACAAGACCUUAGAGCACAGCAGAGACUUCAGAAUCAGGCACUACGCCGGAUCUGUCACCUAUUCUGUGGAAGGUUUUAUCGACAAGAACAAGGACGAUUUGUUCCAGGACUUCAAGAGACUCCUGUUCAACAGUUCUGACGCAGUGAUCAGCUCCAUGUGGCCUGAAGGAAAGCGUGGCAUCACGGAGGUCACCAAGCGACCGCUGACGGCCUGCACGCUGUUCAAGAACUCCAUGGUGCAGCUGGUCUCAAACCUGGCCUCAAAGGUUCCGUACUACGUGCGUUGCAUCAAGCCGAAUGAACAGAAGUCCCCGGUCCUGUUUGACGACCAGCGAUGCCAGCAUCAGGUCGAGUACCUGGGACUGCUGGAGAACGUCCGUGUGAGACGCGCAGGAUACUGCAACAGGCAGCACUACGCCAGGUUCCUACAGAGGUACAAGAUGAUCUCGCAGUACACGUGGCCAAACCACCGCAUGGCAUCGGACAUGGCGGCCGUGCAACUUCUGGUCCAGGAGAAGGGCUUCAAACACGACGUGGCGUACGGCAAAACCAAGAUCUUCAUCCGCACACCGCAAACGCUCUACGCACUCGAGGAGAACCGCUCAAAACUCAUCCCUGGGAUCGUGCUGUUUAUACAGAAGAUGUGGCGAGGCGGACUCGCCCGCAUGCGAGCGAGAAAGUUGAGAGCGAUCUACGCCAUCAUGCGUCGUUACCGCAUCUACAAGAUGCGCAGUUUCCUCGUGGACCUUCUGGACCGCUUCUACAACGUGAGAAACAUGGCGGACUACGGGAAGAGCGUCGAUUGGCCGCAACCCCCCGCAGUGCUGGAGGAGUUUGUCACACAGCUCAGGAAAGCGCACAACGGCUGGUGGGCGCGUCACGUGAUUGCCCAGAUCCCUGAGCGUGACAGGAAGGAGGUCCGGCUGAAGUCCGUCGCGUACGGACAUCUGCACGGCAAGCGGAGGGACUGGGGCAUGAACCAGCGAUGGCGGGGAAACUACCUCGGACUGAGUGAAGACAUCCAGAAGGCCAAACUCUUCAACAACUCGCUCAACUCCUUAGUGGCCCAAGACGGGUUCAAGGAGGUGCUUUUCUCCGCUCAUGUCAAGAAGGUGAACCACCACAACAAGAGCUCGGACCGCGCCCUGCUGGUCACCGACAAGUUCCUCUACAAGCUGGACCCUAAGAAGGGAUACAAGGCCAUGAAACACGGCACACCUCUCGCACAGAUGACGGGAGUGAGCGUGACCCAGGGGUCGGACCAGCUGAUCGCGGUUCACCUGUCCGGCGGUAACGACCUUGUGCUGUGUGUGACCUCCAUCCAGCCCAGACAGGACCAGCGGGUACCUGAACUACUGGCUGUGCUCGCAGACACUUACAAAAGAAACAACAGGAAGGACCUGAAGGUCACGGUGAGCGACCGUCUGCAGUGCAUGCUGGGUAAUAAGAGCAGGACGGUGUCGGUGAGAAGCCAUGACAAGGGCGCGGGCGUGACCUUCAGAAAGGAAGGGAACACGGGCCUGGUACUGGUGGGCACCGGCAGCCAAUGAGCAGCAGCGUUACAUGUGUAGGUGGGACCGGCAGCCAAUGAACAGCAGCGUUACAUAUGCAGGUGGGACCAGCAGCCAAUGAACAGCAGUGUUACAUAUACAGGUGGGACCGGCAGCCAAUCAACAGCAGCGUUACAUGUACAGGUUGACACUGGCAGCUAAUGAACAGCAGCGUUACAUAAAUUAUACAAUUUGGGACUGGCAGCCAAUGAACAGCAGCAUUACAUAUACAGGUGGGGACCAGCAGCCAAUAAAGGAUGGUGUUACAUUUAAUGGUACUAGCCAAUGAGCAGCCAAUGAACAGAGAUGGCUGACACUGGUAGUAGCCAAUUAAACGCAGUGUUACAUUUGUUAGUAGGAACAGGCAGCCAAUAAAAUGAAGGGUUAGUUAAGGCUUGCAUUCCCACCAACCUGAAAUUCAUUCCAAAAUGUUGACUUAUGAAGUUUAAAAACAAAAUCAGUGAACAAACAAGUUUUAGAUAAAUCAUAGGUUUCUAAUAAAGACAUCAGGUUAGACAUCAAAAUUCCUACACCAAAGACAAGAUGUCAAACUUAAA